AAUAAAAUUUUACAGUGUACAUUCAUUGGCUAUUAUAGUCCAACCAGUUUGCAAUUACCUGAAGGUUAAAAAUGUUCUCACUUGCUCAUCUCAAUGCCGCAUCCACAACUUACAAAAAUUACGCAGUUAUGAAUCAAACAAAUGCAAAUCCUGUUGUAAUAAUCGCCAACAAGUAAUCGGCAAAUAUAGAACGUGUUUACUAAAAAUAAGCAUAAUUAGCGUCGAUUCUGGAACGGCACAUUUUGAGCACCGCUGGUGGCUCAUCUUCGCGGAGAGGGAAGAUUACGGAUUUAGCACGUAUAAAAGCACAAGAUUACGAAACUCGAAUUAUUUGUUAAUUUAUAUUUAAGUAGUUGAGACGUGAUAGUGCCAUGAGGAUCCCCGUGUCUGUGAUUGCUUUCCUCGGCGCUUUACACUGCGCUUAUAGCGAAGAAGUGCGAUUGCUCAAUCUGGACCCCCCGGAGGCGCAGCAAUACAUCGACAAACAGGACACAAGCCUGAAAUAUGCGCCGAAAAUCGAGUCCAAUGUGCCUGCGGUGAGGGUUCUGGGAAAGGAACCCCAUAACGUGCUGGAGGAUAUUUAUCUGGCGAACCAGUACCACGGGCAAGAUGGCCUCGGGGGGUACUUGUAUGGGUACUCGGUGCCCGAUAUCGCCAAGACCGAGAAGAAGAAGGCCGGCGGCGACUUGAGAGGGGCGUACAAUUACAUCGCUGGAAAUGGCCAGGAGAUUAAGGUGGAGUACUGGGACGAUGGUAGCGGCUUCCAUCAGGUGGAUAACGUCCCUAAGGUUCUGCCUCAGCAGAUCGACGAUACGCCCGAGGUGAAGGCGGCCAAGGAGGAGCACCAGAGGAUAUGGAAUGAGCAGGCGGAGAGGAACUCCAAGCCGAUAGAGAAUCCUUACGACAGUAACUUCAAUUACGCUCAAGGACCUUUAUCCCCUCAAGGCCAAGCUCAAGCUCAACAGCUAGUCAAUCAGUAUGGUCAGCAAAAAAAUCAGUUUCCCAAUCCUGGUCAAAAUGUCCAUUAUCAAAGUCAGUCGUCCCAGACUGUUAGCAAAUAUCAACCCGGUGGAGUAGGGGGUUCUCAGUUCGGAGGCGGACAAUAUGGCGGUGGCCAGUCGGGAGGUGGUGCAGGCGCCCAAUUUGGAAGCCGACCUUCGGGAAGUGGGCAAUAUGGCGGCGGAGCGUCUGGGGGUGGACAAUAUGGUGGUGGAGCGUCUGGAACUGGACAGUCUGGCGGCGGGGCAUUUGGAAGUGGACAACAUGGCGGUGGAGCGUCUGGAAGUGGACAGUAUGGUGGUGGAGCAACUGGAACUGGACAGUCUGGCGGCGGGGCAUUUGGAAGUGGACAACAUGGCGGUGGCUCUUCUGGAAGUGGCCAAUAUGGUGGUGGGGCAACUGGAACUGGACAGUCUGGUGGUGGGGCGUUUGGAAGUGGUCAGUAUGGCGGUGGGUCUUCUGGAAGUGGACAAUAUGGUGGUGGAGCAACUGGAACUGGACAGUCUGGUAGCGGGGCGUCUGCAAGUGGACAAUAUGGUGGAGGAGCAUCUGGAACUGGACAAUAUGGUGGUGGAGCGACUGGCGGUGGACAAUUCGGUGGUGGAGGCGCUCAGUUUGGAAGUAGACCCUCUGGAAGUGGACAGUUUGGUAGCGGAGCGCCUGGAGGUGGACAAUACGGGGGUGGUCAGUCUUCAGGAAGCCACUCCGGAGCUGGAAGUAGCAGUGGCCAAUACGGUGGUGGAAGCCGGCCCUCUGGGAGUGGACAAUUUGGCGGUGGACAAUACGGUGGUGGUCAGUCUUCAGGAAGCCACUCCGGAGCUGGAAGUGGGCAAUUCGGUGGCAGUCAGUCUUCGGGAUCUGGUGGACAGUAUGGAGGGUCAUCCGGUGGAGGCAGUGGAUAUGGCACGGGUCAGUUUGGUGGCAGCCGGCCAUCGGGUUCUGGGCAAUACGGCGGAAGUCAGUCUUCGGGUGGUGGACAAUAUGGAGGUGGUCAAGCUUCCGGCGGCGGCUACUAUGGUGGAGGCCAGUCUGGUGGUAGCGGCGGAUUGUACGGUGGAAGCCAGUCCUCCGGUGGUGGACAAUACGGUGGCCAAUACAGUGGCAAAUACUCAACCAGUAGCAGCCAAACUAGCAGCCAAACCAGCAGUCAUGACGCCAGCGGUCAGUACUCCGGCGACGAGUCCGAGGGCAAAUGGAACCCAGAAGAAGAAGAAAAAGGCCCUCCCAAAGGCUUCUUCUACAAUUUCGAUUACCCCGUGGGUAUCAUCGUGCAAAAAGACGGCGGUUCCAUCCAGAAGCGCGAAGGCGACUUAAAAGACAUCUACGCGACAAACAAAGCCGAAUUCGAGAAGCAGCUCCAACAAGGACAGUUCGAUAGGUCUUCCAGGAGCGCCUCAGGUUACUUAGUCGUCUAAAACCUAUCUUUUGUUAUUAAUUUAUUGAAUAAAUUUUCUACAAAAUAAAUAAUUUUUGGCA